AGCUACAGACUGGACUACAGGAAACAGGACCACAGUAAAAGCACUGCUGUGUUUAUGAUGGAGCAGAAAGUGGUUCUCAUUACUGGCUGCUCCUCGGGGAUCGGGCUCAGCCUGGCCGUCCACCUCGCAUCAGACCCAUCUAAGGCAUACAAAGUGUAUGCCACCAUGCGUAAUCUGGAUAAGAAGCAGCACUUGUUGGAGAGCGUGACUGGGCUGCAUAAAGACACCAUGGCCAUUCUGCAGAUGGACAUCACUGACCAACAAUCCAUACUUACCGCCCAAGGCAGCAUUACAGAAGGCAGAGUGGACAUACUGGUGUGUAAUGCAGGUGUAGGUUUAAUGGGCCCUCUAGAGGCUCAGUCUGAGGACACCAUGCGAGGAAUCCUGGAGGUAAACCUGCUGGGCACCAUCCGCACCAUUCAAACCUUCUUACCUGACAUGAAGAAGAGGAAACACGGACGAAUCCUGGUCACCGGCAGCAUGGGCGGACUGCAAGGUUUGCCCUUUAAUGAGGUGUACUGUGCCAGCAAGUUCGCAGUAGAGGGUGUCUGUGAGAGCCUGGCCAUCCUGCUACAACACUUCAACAUCCAUGUGAGUCUGAUAGAGUGUGGACCCGUCAACACAAACUUCCUGAGGAACCUGACCAAGACAGAGCUGAGUGACGAGUCAGUGGAGGUGGACACAGAUACGCGCAGACUGUAUGAGAUGUAUCUGCAGCACUGCCAGAAAAUGUUCCAGAACGCAGCGCAGGACACUGACGACAUCGUCCAGGUCUUCCUGGAGGUGAUCCAGUCACCUUGUCCACUCUUCAGGUACUACACUAACAGUGCACUGCUGCCUCUGAGCAGUCUCAAACUCAUGGCACUCGACGGCUCCCAGUACAUCAGAGCCAUGAGCAAGCUAAUCUUCUCAGUGGAGAAUGCAGAUACACUGAAAUAA